UAAGAGGAGUAAUAAUGCUAUUUUUUCACGAAAACUCCUCCUGUGUUACUGAAGUAAGAUAACAUCAUCUUACAGGGCUUUCGCUGGAAUAAUGCACACUAUCAAGAAUCUAGUGUAUUACAUUCUACACACUCCAUUCUAUACAUAAACCUGGAUUUUUCACAUAAUAAAGUGCUUUGACACAGCAUACUGCAUUCUGCCUAUAAAUGUCCAAUGAACUCUUAGAUGGAUAUGUUGUUUUUCAUCUCUUAUUCUAACUUUUUUUCCAGGAUUCCUUAGUUUCUAAAUUAGCAGGCACAACAGACCUCGCUUGUUAGCUAGGUUAGCUCCCAGUGUGCUAGCUAGGAGCUGUACUUAUAGUGAGAAACUGCUUUGCUAGGAACAUUUAAUUCUGUAAAAAAGGUAAAAUGGUAAAAAAGUUCCACAUUUGAUUUGCAAAUCAUCUUUAUCUCUCCAGUCUUAAUUUUCCCUGUUAUCUGGUGUAAGAUUUGUUUUGUUGUCUGUGUCUCUUACAUGACAGUGUAACCUAUAAAAUUUUGCAACUCUCCAACUAUAUUUGCUAAGCAUGUUUGUUGAAUCAAAGUUCUGAGGCAGCUUGAACUCUUGAUGAAUGGAAUUUGAUUUUGAGAGCAGAGAUGCAUUUUAAAAUUACAACUGUUGGCAUAAAAUUGCCUGUCUAAUCUGAGGAUCCUUGAAUAGAAAAACAUUAUGUCGGCAGGAAACAUAUUGGCAAGGUGGCUGGUGCUGGAGAGAAUGACAACAGACUGUUUACAUGCCCUAAUCUGAAAGGUUUGCUCCAAGGAAGUGUGUCAUUACUAGAAUCUGCACCCUGAAACUACCUGUUUCUAUAAUGGGAUUAGUCUUAAUGUGGUAAAGGCUGUGUGCCUGUUAGCCCAUUAGAAUUCCUCACACAAAUGAUCACAAAUCUGAGCUUGUGUUCAGGUAAAGAAUAAUUACUGUUAAUUUAUUGCUUUGUUAUUCAUACUCAUAGGAUGUUUUUUCCAGGUAGGUGAUCUGUUACUAUGUGGCAGGAAAUCAGUUGCUCUAGUUUUAACUGCACUUCUCUAAGAGGAUAUUUAUCACUCGGUAAUAAUGUAGAAGAACAGGUACUGAAGGAAGACAUGCAAAAAAGAGGAUGCCUGUGGUUUGGACGGCAAAAUGAAGCUUGAGAGACGAGUUUUCUCUUUGUUAAUCAGCAUUCUGUCUACGGCUUGUCACAGUUUGCCUGAAAGAUUCCUGGGAGAGCCACCUCAAAACCUACAAAUGAAAUCUUACAAUUUUCAGCACAUUUUGUCCUGGCAGGCAAAAAGUGAUCCAACUAUGCCAACAUACUAUCGUGUGCUGUACACUGACCGCAGGAACUGGAAGACUGCUAAACAAUGCUCAAAUAUUACGCAACUCUCCUGUAAUCUGACAGAUGAUUUAAAACAGGUGAACACUCAGUAUUCUGCAUUGGUUCAGAGCUUUGUAGGAAAUGAAAAAUUCAAUUCUUCUGUACUUCAUUUUAUGCCAGUUAGUGACACAUUCCUGGGACCACCAGAAGUUAAUGUCAGUUCCUGUAUAAACUGCAUAAAUGUCACCAUAAAGCUGCCAACCUCUCAUUUAAGAAAAAAUGAAAAGCUACUGUCUUUAAUUGAUAUAUAUGAAGAGCUUGAUUAUUAUAUAACACUGAAAACACUUGAUGGAGAGCAUAAGAGGCCCCAUGAGAAAACCACUGAUGACGUUUUCAGUACUGUCAUUGAAGAAUUGUAUCCGAAUAGAAAUUACUGUGUGUCUGUUAUGGUCAUAUCAUCUGUAAACCAAAAUUCCAUCCCGUCAGCCUGGAAAUGUGUAGCUGCAGACUCUGUAGCUCAACAAGAUUAUUAUACGGUUGUUAUCAUAUGUGCUGUAUGUUUUUCACUGAUGUUAGCUGGUGCCCUGAAGUGUAUGCAUGCAGGAGGCUAUAUUCUUCAAAAUAAAUCACUUCCACGUACUUUGUUAUUCAUCAGGAGGUUACCCUAUCCACCUUGGACAUUUGAAUCUGAAAAGAUAGCCUCUAUAGAGAUAAUUUACAAAGAGGUUAAAAAAAGGACAAAUAAUUCCUGUGGUGGUGUCAGUGAUGAAGAUGAGAGUGAUGACAGUGAUGUCAUAAGUAAUCAUGACUAUACAAGGCGUGAUAUCUUAAACAGAGUACCUCAUUCCUCUGAAAUACCAGAUGCAUCUGUGCAGUACUCUACAAAUAGCAUGUGUGAUGACAGCAGCAGCCAGGCAAGUGAAAAUUCAGACACUGACCCAGAAGAUGUUGAAGAGCAGGAGCUGGACAUUGAGGAAGACAAAGACACAAGUCAUGAGUUACAUAAUCCUUUCCCUGAGGCUAAUUGUAACUAUUCUUCGAGGUCAAAGGACAGUGCUUGUUUUACCAUUAACUUAAAAACUGUGCUGUUGGGAACCUCUGAAGAGAAUGUGGAUAGUUCUGCAGCUCUUCUUUCUUCCCAAGAAGAUGCAUCUGAUUGGCAGUGUACUCUUGCUGUUGAAGCAAAACUUCUGGAUGACACAGAAAGUGUGCAGAAACCCCACUGUCAUAACAACUCUCAUGAGUGGCAAAGCUCUUCUGCUGAUGAUGAAAGUGACUCAUCAGAUUCAGAUAUGUACCAAAAAAAUGAAUACAUAAGAAGAUGAACAAUUAAAAACCACUAUUGUUUCAUGACA